CUUGAAACUAUUCCGGAAGCAGUGCCUGAAAUUUUGCAAAAGUAGACUGUGGGUUUUGCAUCUAAAAAUAUAAAAGAACAGCUGCGAACAAAAAGUGGUGCAACUUACAAAUGAACUAAAUGUCUGCCCUUCAAUUAAAGGACGGAUUUUAUAAAAUCGAAUUAAAUAAGACUAUCUGGGAAGUUCCACAGCGAUACCAACUGUUGUCCCCUGUAGGGGCUGGGGCCUACGGGCAAGUUUGCUCGGCCCUCGACACACAGACCAAUAUUAAAGUUGCUGUAAAAAAAUUAGCCAGACCCUUCCAGUCAGCCAUUCAUGCCAAACGUACUUACAGAGAAAUUCGUAUGCUUAAACAUAUGAACCAUGAAAAUGUUAUAGGCUUAUUAGAUAUUUUUACACCAACUUCAACAUUAGAAGAUUUCAACGAUGUCUACCUCGUCAAUACCUUAAUGGGUGCAGAUCUAAAUAAUAUAAUUAAAACACAAAGACUUAGCGAUGAUCAUGUACAGUUUUUAGUAUACCAAAUACUUAGAGGGCUGAAGUAUAUACAUUCAGCUGGAAUUAUUCAUAGGGAUUUAAAGCCAAGUAACAUUGCAGUUAAUGAAGACUGUGAACUGAAGAUCUUAGACUUUGGUCUGGCCAGACAUACAGAGGAUCAGAUGACAGGUUAUGUAGCUACCAGAUGGUACAGGGCACCAGAAAUUGUUUUGAACUGGAUGCAUUAUGGGCAGACAGUUGAUAUAUGGUCAGUAGGAUGUAUAAUGGCAGAAAUGUUAACAGGAAAAGCAUUGUUCCCUGGAAAUGAUCAUAUUGAUCAGUUAACAAGAGUUCUGUCCCUUGUUGGAACUCCUAAUCAAAAACUGCUUGACAAAAUAUCUAGUCCAGAGGCUAGAAAUUAUGUUGCCUCAAUGCCAAAAUGGCCAAAGAAAGACUUUAGGGAAGUUUUCAUUGGAGCGAAUCCUCUUGCAAUUGAUUUGAUGGAAAAGAUGUUAGAUUUGGAUUCGGAGACUCGUAUCACUGCAGAAGAUGCACUUGCUCACCCUUACUUAGCUCAAUAUUCCGACCCCAAUGAUGAACCGACUGCAGCACCAUUUGAUCAAUCUUUUGAAAAUAUGGAAUUAAGUAUACCUGAAUGGAGGAGGCAAUGUUAUGAAGAAGUCCAGGCUUGGAAUCCUUCCUGAAUUAUUAGACACACGUUAUAGAUAUUUUAUGUAUAUUGUUAGUUAUUGUUAGUCGUCAGAGUGCUGUAAAACUCUGUGAUGAUCAAACAUUUUUUGUAUGAUGUUUUCAUUCUGUCAUAGGGCAGUUACUUAGUGCUGCUAUUUCUUACUAACCAUUUACUGCUUUUGUUUUGAUAUAGUCAAAUUGAAUUUGCAUUAAGUUUAUAUUUGAAUAUCUUGUUUUUGGUAAUUAUUUUCAGACCACUAUUAAACAGUUUUUCAUUAAAAAAAUUAUUAUUAAAUUUCAUAAUAGGACAUGUAGGAAGUAAUAGCCAAAAAUUUGAUCAUGUCAUUCAUUAAAAAUGAUAAAUUUGAACUUAAAAUAAACAGAUCAAGGUGAUAGGUGAUGUCAAAUAAAAAAAUGAUACAUCAUCUUGAUAUAUAUACCACAUUCCAAAUAGCAAAAACCUAUGCCAAAGGAUAAAAAGAUAAUGAGCAGGACAGGAUUCUAUUUGUUAUGCUGUCAUUUAUAUCAGAGUAUUUUUAAAGUAGAAAUUAUCCCCAAAUCUAUUUACAUCCAGUUUUUGUGGAAUGUGUGUUUUCUACAUAUUUGUAGAACAAUCAAUUAUAUAGAGUAUAAAAAUUAAGUAUGUAUUUUUGUUUUCUUUACAGCAUUCCAAAUGUUGCUAAAUAUUUGGCCAUUUAGUGGUCUUUUGAUGCUUUUAUCAAAGUAAGUUUUGAAUAUUUUUUUAUGGCAUGUUUUGUUUGAGUAAUAUUUUAUUUAUGUUUUUGAUUUUGUAAAAACACUAUAUUUAAGCAAUUUUUUCUGUCUCUCAGAUAGCUAAUUGACACAUCAAAAUUAAACCACUACUUUUUGGGUUAAAACUGCCAAAAUAUCCCUAUUUACAGUAUUCCUGAAAAAAACAUUGAAAUUUGGGUUGAUAAAGAAUUUUGAAAUUGUGUAGGUUAUAAGUGUAAGUAAAACACAUCAAAAUUUGUGUUAGAGAAACACUUCCAAAGCUCUGGCAUUCAUACUCUUUUGCACUAGAAUUUAUUUUUUGAAAAAAAAACUAUGAUUAUUGCGCAAUAGUCAUUUCAUUCUCAUUUAUUUAAAUUUUUUCCUUCAUUUUCAGAAAUAAGAAUUUAUUUUGGAUGGGAUAGUUAUGAAUUUAAUUUUUUGAAAUUUUUGUGUGUCUAUCAUGAUUGGCAGCUGUUAGAGUUUACAUUGAUAAUUUACUUUUUAGUGGCAAAUAACAGUUUAGAAAGAACAUCUGAAAUAUUCAGAAAUCUUUGAGCUUUUACAUUUUGCAUCAUAUGAUGUAGACAUAUCUAUUAGAAUUUACAUUUUUUGGGGAUUAAAUAAUGGUCAUAAUUUUUUUUUGCAUCUUCUAAUGUUGGCAAGAAAGAAUGAUGAAAUAUCCCUUUUGUAUGUACAUUCAAAAUCUGCCUCAAAUGUUUGAAUCAUUUGUUUAUAAAGUAAUGUUUCAUAAGAUAAUUUUAUUUUCUUCAAUAUUUGCUUAUUUAACUAAUCACAAAACUGCACAACUAUCUCGUUUCAUGAUGCUUCAUAAGAUGUUUUGGGUUUUUUUUGUCAAUAAUUCUAUGUUUUAGAUUCAUUUUAUAAUCCUGAUGUUGGCGCGAGUACAAAUGUUUAUUUGAAAAAUAUUAGAUACAUUUCUCAUUUUCAACCCCAUGCAACAAAUCUUUCAUCUUACAGUAUAUGUAUAUAAGGGAGUUCUAUCAUUAUGAAAAGAUUUUCAAUGCAAUAAUAAGUGUUUAUUUCGGAGAGAGAGAAAAAAAAUAAGAUGUAAAUAAAACAUUCUAUGUAAACUUCAAGCUUAAAAAAUGGUAAAUAUUAUUUCAUGACAAAGACAAAAAAUUUAUACAAUUUUUGUUUUUUUAUCCUAUAAUUUGGAGUUCAUACAAUGCAUUGUUUUUUUUUUUGUUGUUGUUUUUUUUUAACUUUCUAUACAAAGGCAGACAAGAAUUUAUAAUAAAAUUGGGGUUUUGAACUAUACGAAACUUCCAGACAUUUAAUAUUUUUCAGCAAAAUUCAUCAAAACUCUUUUCAUAGUGAUGAGACCCUUUGAAUAUGUAAACUAGAGAUGACACAAUUAGUCUAAUGGUAUAUAUUGUUAGUAAGGUUUGUUUAUCUGUUUGUUUGUUAUACAGUUUUAAUAUAAUAGUUCAGUUAUUGCUGUGCAAUUUGUUGAUAAAAAAUCUUUUGUAAAUGUGCAAAUUUAUAUGUACCAGUAAACUUUUGUUUCAUACCAAACAUGCUGGUAGUUUGUAAGUUUGUUAUUUAUAUUUUGAAGAAGCUAAGCAUGAAAUAUUUUGUUGUAAAUUAAAGUGGUAAUGUAAAGAUUUUAUAAGAAACAGAUUUGGGGUUUACACUUAGCAUCAAAUCUUCAACUUUUUUAGUGAAUGCUUUUUCUACUUUUCACCAAAAGAGAGUCCCAUUUCUAACAGAAAUUGUUGAAAAAGACCUUUUUGACAGGCAUGCAAAAAAAUUGAAAACUCUUGCUUUAAGAAUCUGAUACAGUUCUGAUUUUUUUUUAGCAGAAUCAUAUAAAAGAUAUGAG